UGCAUUUCGGAAUCGGCAUGGGUGGCUACUGAUGCACAGAGAACAAAGUCUUCAACUUUGUGCUCUUAUCAAAUAAAAGUUAAUUAACACAUGUUUAAGUGGUUGGUUAAAACGUAUCGUUUUGAAGCUCAUCGGACCGUUCUUCUUACAAUCUGUGGCUCACCAAUUAAGGAAGAUUUCGCGCAAAACCAUUCAGGGGGAGCGCCCAGCCCUGACGAGACUGGCCAGCAGGGCGCGAAUGAUCACGACCGGCGUCUUCGGUGUUGUCAUGGUACUGGUGCUGGUGAUUUUAAUACCCUUCCUGGUAAACUCAGCUGGGACCUCCGCGAGUUAUGAAAUGCUCGGCGCCUGUAGGAUGGUGUGUGAUCCGUAUGGAACAAAAUCUCCAGCAUCUGCUUCAGUCGACACUGCUCGUGACAACCACUUGAUCCAGUCUCCACCGCCGUAUGCUCGGGGCCCAAAGGGCGAUGCAGGGCGCAUAGGAAGGAACGGCCCCAGAGGCCAGCCGGGUCCACCGGGUCCACCUGGGCCACCGGGAGAACCAGGACCCCCUGGAUUACCUGGACCAUCGGGAGAAAGCGCAGCAACCAAUGGCAUUAGCGCAGCGACAUAUAACACCGUGCCCAAAAUCGCCUUUUACGCAGGGCUUAAAAAACAGCACGAGGGGUACGAAGUGUUAAAAUUCGACGAUGUGGUCACCAAUCUUGGCAAUCACUAUGACCCCACCACGGGCAAAUUCACCUGUUCAAUUCCAGGAAUCUAUUUCUUCGUGUACCACGUACUGAUGCGCGGAGGUGAUGGAACCAGCAUGUGGGCUGAUCUUUGCAAAAACAAUCAGGUUCGGGCGAGCGCAAUAGCACAAGAUGCUGACCAGAAUUACGACUAUGCCAGCAAUAGUGUAAUUCUGCACCUCGAACCCGGUGACGAGAUUUACAUAAAGCUGGACGGCGGAAAGGCUCACGGUGGGAAUAACAACAAGUACAGCACCUUCUCUGGCUUCAUGAUUUAUGCCGAUUAAAGCGCAUUCUUUCACAUUUCAUGGUCUCACCUUGUACCACAAGGCAACAACUGACAACAAACAAAUACUGUUUGACCAACAUCUGUAUCGACACCCUGCCCUACCCAAAUGUAAACAUUCUUGGUCGAACAAAAAAGGUUUGGUAUAUCCCAGACGCACGCAUGUAUUAUUAUUACAUACUUGUGGACAUUUUUACACUGAGAUAGUACUUGCUUGAAACAGGUGCAUCAAAUAGCGUAAGACAUAUACCAAAAUAAGUUUUAAAUUAGUGCACUCUGUGUAAGAAAUUAUUUAUGUGGUAUAAAAUCCAGCAAUUUGCCAUUCUAUGUAAAUUCCAGGUAUAGACUAUAUUACCAUAACAAUGGUCCAUAAGAAGGUUGUUUAAGCAAGCACUAAAGCAACUAGGCCUGACAUACUUACUGUUCUCUAAUUAUACCAAUCCCUUGUUUAGCACAGAACUAGUGGGUAACCUUGUAGAUGCAACAUAAUUUGCAAUAAAACUUCUAAUCAUGGAUAAUGUUGACAGUUGGAAAACGAAAUGACAUCCACAUUGACAAUCCUUUGUUUUGUACUAUAUGUCAUGGAAUUUAGCUGGAAUUAAUGGAUUGUACACAGAGUGUGCAUCUGUGGGAGGAUACAUUCAUUAAUGCAGUAUACUGUAUGUAUUAAUAUGAUGGUUCAUGUUGAAGUUUCUUUCCUAUACAUAACGCUAUGGUGUUACCAUUAAAACAGGUGGCUUACAGUUUAGGUUUUAAUAAACUCACAUAACUCGGCA